AUGCCAGCGACGCCAGUGACCAAUCGUGAACUAACACCGGCCAGCGGUUCCAUGACCAUGGCCGACUACUUGAAAGCGCAACAACCCACCUUGGACAGGAUCCGGACUGGACUUGCCAUCUUUGCUGUCUUUGUCAUUGUCCGUUUCUUGUUGCUGCGUUUAUAUGCUCUGAUACGGGGGAGGAUAAGGUUGUCGUCACCGUCGGGCAGCCGAGACGUCUCACCUGUACCAGCGCACUUACAAGAUCCUCGUGGCCCAACUUGGCAUUUCAAUGAAAAGGCCACCAGCAGCGGCUUCUUGGACAACAUGAAGGACGACGGCGCGGCAACCAGAGACGGCCAUGACACGGCUGCAAAGACCAAGCUCACCAUUGACCCAAAUUGGAGUCGAGAGGCUGAGGCGCUUCCCAGGCAAUUUAUCUCGCGAUUGCCCCCUGCGCCACCACUAACACCGCCUGAGCUGAGCUCCGCCGUCUUCAACAUCGCCGCGGAUCAGCCUCAUGCUGUUGACAGUUUCAUGCGUCAGCCUAACCCGGAUUACAUGAGCUCAACCUCGUCAGUCAUACCACAGUCUGAUGCGGAUUCGCCAACUACACCACGACGACGAUCUUAUCACAGAACUUUGCCUAUGGGAAUUCCCACCCCACAGCAAUCCUUCAAGGCCGACGUGGAUUGCGCAAAUAACUCCUUCUCACCCAGCUCGUAUCCGCCAACCAGCCCGCUUUUGCCGCCGCCUCCCCCAGGCGCUGCCGAGGCUUUUGGUGACGGGCAAGCCCAGCGAGAAGUGAACAUCCAGGGCGAGAUUAUUUCAGCCUUGGACAACGAGGGCGCAGGGUGGACUCGUCAUACCCGCGUUUACGGCGGCGGUGUUUGCCUGGCAUGCGCUGCCUCUGGAGGUGAACAUGCUGGUGGUUUCUACGGAGCAACGGUCACGCCAGAGGAGAUGCGGCAAGACGCUUACUCUAGAAGAGGCGGCGGCGUCUUUGUACAGUCUUGA